CAACUGCUGUCGCGAUUCGGAGGAGGUUUAGUUUCCCUUCGACCGGGAACGGCAACGGUCGCAUUUGAAAUACAUUAUUAACCUAAGGAAGGCUUAGUAUCCAAAUAUGCAGUGGUUACUGUGUACUGCCCUUUUGCUCUUUGUGGCAUGGAGUUAUCCUGCGCAGGCAGUUCGGAUAUCUGCUCUACAAGUAGAGCAACGCUUGCCGCAAAAGCAGGCCAAGAUUGGUUCCAGAACUCAUCCCAUCGAGUAUGUCCUGCUGCCAAGUGCUCGUGGUGGAUAUAGAAGGCGUUAUGUCCACACUUUGGGAAAAGCAGCUCCCACAACAACCACCGAACGUCCACUAGUUCGGGUUUGGAACAGUUUCGUGCGCAGUGUUCAGCCCGCCUUCAGUUUCCGCAAUCUGACUAAUCCACUGGCCAACUUUUUCAACGACGGCAGUGCCAACAUUAUUGAGACCUCGCCCGUCUACCUGCAGGCCUACGAUGACGACCAGGAGCUGCAGCUGGAGGAACCUGCAGCGGUGGCCCCGCAGAGUUCUAACAAACGCAAACGAAAGCGCCGCAAGCAGCAGAAGCACCGACCCGUCUACGAUUCGCAAGAGAACGACGAUGCUUACGGCUCUUAUGAUCCCUACUUCGCACCACCUCCUCCGUCGCCAUCCGCACAUCCCAUGUUCUUCUACGACACCAACUCCGGCAGCUACUACGGAGUGCAGCGCUUCAGUCCGCAGGACUUCCAAGCCAAUUUCUACAACUUCAAUGACCAGCCGCAGAGCGAACCGGAGGAGACCGAUGGCGAUCCGGAGGAGGAGGCUCCCGUGAUGAGGAGGCUCGGCACCAGGAAGGUGACUCUGCUGCGCCCGCUGCCCGUGUCAUCGGUCAAGGGUCAGUCGCCACCAAAAAAGGUGACAGAAGUCAGCAGGCCAGAACCGACCACUGAGAACGAAGAUGCAGUCGAGGAAACCGACAGCAGCGCACCGAGCGAUGCAACGUCUAACGAUGAAGAUGAAGACGAUGGCGAUAUGGAAGCCAACUCACCACUCUCCGAGAGCAUGCGCAAUACCCUGGGCACGUACAUGCGCGACGACAGCCACACCCGCCAGCGCCAGAGGCUCGCAAGCGAUGGAGCAGCAGGAGCCCGCGAUUCCGGCGCCAAAGUCUCGCCCCGCCAUCAUCAACGACGCCUCUUCCGACUGAGCGCCUGGUGA